UACAACAUUAAUUAAUUGUAGAUUGGCACUUGAGGGCCAGUUUUACAACCUUCGGUUAAUUUAAUCGGCUACUAUCGGCUUUUAUCGGAAUUGACCAAUUGUAUUUGUCGUUAAGUAGAAUUGACCAGAAAUAACCAAUCACGGUUAACACUUAACUGGCCCUAAAAACCGGUCACGCAUGUGAUGCUGGUGACGCAUGUGACUCAUAAUAAAUGUUCUAACCUCAAAAAACGUCGCAUUCAAUAACCAAAACUUUGUACAAAAAAUUAUUUUUCACAACUAAAAUUAAACGAAUUGUGUCGAAAGAUUUUAGUGGUAAAUUAAGGAAACUUAACUGAUAUAAAAAAAACUUAUGUGACUUAUGUAUUGUUUUUUUUUAUAAUAUCAAUUUACGAUUUUAACUUUCCAAAUCUUAUUUUGACAUGAUUUUGUAAUAUAAAUAUACUUUGAUACAAGCCUGAGACUUUUAUUUUAAGUAUUUUUCCGGAAUUAUUAUUGAUAUAAUUCUUAAUUGAUUUGAAUUGAUAAUUAUAUUAUCUUUUAAUUUUGAGAAAAGUUCAAGAACUGUUUAUCUAAAAACAAAACUAAAUUAUCGUGAUUUUAUAUAAUGGAUAAUAUAUUGAUAAGUACAUGUGAGGACGAAUUAGUAGCAGAAAUUACAAAAUUGCGUGAAUUGUUACACAUAAAAGAGGCUAAAUUAGCUCAUUUGCGACAUGAAAAACAAGUUAUGCAAGAAUAUGGCUUGAACAAUGAUGAAAUUUGUAGAUACAGUAGACAGCUCUUUUUGACAGAAGUUGGUGUGAAAGGUCAAAAGAAGCUAAAGGAUAGCUCUGUACUUAUUGUAGGAGCUGGAGGUCUUGGUUGCCCUGCGGCAUUAUAUUUGACAUGUGCUGGUGUUGGUCAUAUUGGUAUUGUAGACUAUGAUGAUAUUGAAAUAAACAAUCUUCAUAGACAGCUAUUAUACACAGAAACAAGCGUCGGUACCGCCAAAGUAAUUGCAGCAACAGAAAGUCUCAAUCGGCUAAAUAGUUAUGUAAAGGUCACUCCAUAUAAAAUCCAGCUAGAUAGUAAAAAUGCUUUGGAUAUCAUAAGGCAGUAUGAUAUUGUAAUAGAUGCCACGGACAAUGUAGCCACUCGUUAUUUGUUGAAUGACGCAUGUGUUCUGAGUGGUAAACCACUGGUUUCUGGAUCGGCAUUGAGAUUUGAAGGACAUUUAUCAGUGUUUAAUUACAACAAUGGUCCUUGUUAUAGAUGCAUAUUUCCUGAACCACCUCCUCCAGAAACUGUAACAAACUGUGGGGAUGGAGGUGUUCUUGGUGCAGCUGUGGGAACAAUUGGUGUAUUACAAGCAUUGGAAACAAUGAAAAUAAUACUUGAUAUGCCCGACGUAAUUUCGGGACGACUAUUACUGUUCGAUGGAAUGGAAACUAAAUUUCACAAUGUACGUUUACGUCCAAAAGAUGCAAAUUGUGCGAUUUGCGGAGAACAUCGUGUUAUACAUGAAUUAAUAGAUUAUGAAAAAUUUUGCGGUGCGAAGGCUAAUGAUAAAGAGCCUAAUUUAAAUUUGCUAAAGAAAGAAGAGAGAAUAUCAGUUCAGGAAUAUAAUCAGACCGUGAAAAUCAAAUCAAAACCUCAUGUACUGAUCGAUGUACGUUCACCUGAAGAAUAUCAAAUCUGCCACUUACAGGAUUCCAUUAACAUUCCUUUUACACAACUUAAUAAGGAUCAUAAUUUGAAGCUAAUAAAAGACAAAAUAAAAAACGUACAAGAAGAGCAUCAUUCAGUAGAUUUAUAUCUUCUGUGCAGACGUGGUAAUGAUUCACAAAAGGCUGUUCAAUAUUUAAAAAACAUAUUUACCGAAGACACUUUAAAAAUAAGAGACAUAAUCGGAGGUAUCCAUGCUUGGAGUAAUAAGGUUAAUCCGAAAUUUCCUAAAUAUUAAUUUAUAUUACAUUAAAUGAAGAUCACAUAUCAUGUGUUGAUAUAUUUGUUUAAUAUAUUUUUUAUUGAAUAAUAUACCAUCAAAAUAAUAUAAAAAUUUAUAAGGAAUAUUACCACAUGAACUCGAUAGUUAAAUCGGUAAAACGCCCACACAGAAUGUAAAAAGAUAUUUUUUACAAGUUCUUUACAGUGUUUCGAAAAUAUUUGUUAGCACCAAAGUAUUAUUAAAUUGCUCAUAAGUUUAACUUGUGAUAUUACAUACUCUAACUCCAAUUAAAAUUGUGUUUUAAAAACCGACAAAUAAUCGGCAGUUUGUGUGAAUUAACAUUUGUACAAAUAAUUGUAAAAAAUUUACAUAAAAGAUAUUAUUGAGCACCAAAACCCGUUACUGACUAAUAGAACUUUCGCAUCUUUAUAUUUGAUAAAAAUUUAUGUUUUUAGAUUUUGAUAUAAAUAAUUAUAGAAAAUAUA